AUGAGAGGUAAAAUUGGAGAGAUCAAAGUUUUACUGUCGACAAAGAAAACCAAGAAUAACAACCAAGUUUUCUUCAUGACAAGCCAUUGUCCGUCUCCUCCAGUUGUUAUAAACGCCACGGCUAACUUCACGAGAAGCCACGAGACGACCAAAGUCGGAAGUUGUCUGUCGUACACGUGUGACGUCAACUUCCACCCAGUGGGUAACAGAACCUGUCUACCAGACGGAACGUGGUCCAACUUCACAUGUGAACCGGAUCCAUGUCCAGUUGGAGACGGAUUCGUGUUCCUGGAUCGCCAGCAUUUGUGUUUUAAGGUUUUCGAGGACAAGGACUCUGCUUAUGGAGGACGUCGCAGCUGCAAACGACUUGGGGCCAAGUUGAUCGUUGUAGACACGGAGAUGAAAAAUACGGCUGUCAGUGAAUACGUCAAUUCAACACUUGGUUCAGACGAUUUCUGGAUUGGCUUGAAAUACGAACAGAACGAUAACAGGUAUGUCUGGGAAAACGGAAACGAGGCUACUUUCACCAAUUGGGCCAGUGGACAGCCACGUGGCGGCAACCAGGACUGUGUGUUGCUACUCAGCGACUCCGCUACGUGGAAAGACUACGACUGUGCAUAUGUGUUCCGUUACAUUUGUGAAAAACAACUCUCCACAUAG